AUGGCCCUCGCGGCUGCCACGGCCUCGGCCGAGCCAAUUCCAUAUAAAAAACCAACAAUGGUUGGGCGGGACCUUGCGGCUGUAACCUCGGUGGUUACACAGCUCACGGACGCUAUCAACAAGCUCGACAAGUCUGUCAAGGCCUUCGAUGGAUCAAAGACGGAUGCUAUUAAGAACGAUGCGAAGGGGGUUGUGGAUGUUUUGAGCUCCGGUGCCACUAAGCUGAAGGAUACGAAAGAAUUAUCCGUGGAUGAUUUGACUAAGCUUAGGACGGCCUUGGAGCCCCUGACUCCUGCCACUGAGGGUUUACUCAAGGACUUCAGCAGCAAGAAGAAGCAAAUUGAGGCAGCGUGCAUCUGCCGCGACAUUGAGAGCGCUGCCGACAAGAUCGGGAAUAACACGAACACUCUCUUCGAUGGCAUUGUGGGCAAGCUCCCUAAAGAAUCGCAGGACCUUGCGCGGAGCUUGGCUAAGAAGGUUCUUGGCCAGCAGGCACAGCUACUUGCUGAUUUCAAAGGCGACAAGUGCAAGGAUGCUCACACUUCUACGUCUUCCACCUCCUCUGUCAAGACGACCACCCCUCCCGUCAAGACUACCACUACCACUCCCCCGGUGAAGACAGUCACCACGACUGAUGAUACAUGUGAUGAUGACGAAACGACUUCCAAGACGCAGUCAAAGACUUCGGAAACAAAGUCUUCUCAGACUAAGUCGUCUACAACCAAGACAUCUGAGACUAAGCCACCCGUGACAUCAACUGCUUCAACUAAGCCGCCAACAACUACUUCGACGAAGCCACCGGUAACCACGUCUACCAAGCCGCCGGUGACUACUGUAACCACAUCUAAGCCGAUAACAACAAUUACAACCACCAAGUCCUGCACCACGGAGAAGACACAUGUCACCACCGGCACAACCAAGACUGUGACGGAGCCAUGUGAAUGCUCCGAGACGAAGUCCUCGCACUCAUCGAGUAACACCUCCUCGACUAAGAAGAGCUCAACAGCCUCAACUUCAUCUCACACAACUACCAAGCCUCCGGGAACUAUCAACACAUCUACCCACCCGCCGAGCUCCACUAAGCACACUUCUACGCAUUCUUCUAUCUCCAAGAACACCACUGAGUCGUGCACCACUUACACCUCUACUCUCCCGCACCCCCCUAGCUCCACGCACCAGACUUCCACUCACAAGACUUCUACCCAGUCGACUGCCAAGCCUCCGACUUCUUCAACCGCGUCUACUAAUGUCCCAGGAUACCCGACUGUCUCGCAGCCUCCGAGCUCUACACAUAAUACAUCUACACAGAAGUCAUCCAGCCAGUCAACUGUUGUACCGCCCAGCUCUACGCAACACACGUCUACACACAAGUCAUCUACUCAAUCAACUGUGGUGCCUCCAAGCUCCUCUUCCACUCAGAAAUCGUCUAGCACCCAGUCAACUGCCAAGCCCCCGACUAGCACAAACACGCCCACGAGCCCGGGUUACCCAACUAUCCCGCAACCCCCUAGCUCCAGCUCUACGCAGCAGUCUUCAACACACAAGAGCUCUACUCAUUCAACUGCGAUACCCCCAAGCUCCACACAUCAGACUUCCACCCAUAAGUCGUCUAGCACUCAAUCAACCGCUAAGCCCCCCAGGAGCACAAACACGCCCACCACCACCCCAGGAUACCCGACCGGCGUGCCCCCAAGCUCCACAUCAACUCACCACAACUCCAUCCCCUCGACCCACCAAUCCUCAUCUACCAGCAAAUCCUCCUCCUCCUCCUCCUCCACCCACAUCCACACCGUCCCCGUCUACCCAACCGGCAACUCAACCACCACCACCACUCAAACCCACCCACCCACCAACAAGCCCCCGACCACAUCCUCAUCCUCAACAACCUCAACGGGUAGCAAGCUCAGCAGCACGCCCGUAACCGCACCCCCAAGCUACCCCACCGGCGGCUACAACAACAACCAGACUAUCCCGACCCCGCCACUGCCUCCGGUCUCGAUGGCCACGCCGACGCCGUCGUAUGCGACGGGUGGUGCGGAGGGAGGGAGCUUCGCGGCGAGGGGGGGCUCGACGGGGGCCAAGCAAAAGACGAUGAAGGCUUGGGAGAAUGUGAGAGGCGGAGACGUAGAACCUGCACAAGGGCCAGCGAGCUCCACGAAGAAAGACGAUGCGCGCGUACGACCCAAUUCCCUUCAACCGCGCCCUUACUGA